AAAAUUUUUGUAAGAAAAUAAUAGUGAAAAAACAAAAAAAAUUUUGAAAAUUUUUAUCUUGAAUUUAAAAUAUUUAAAAAAAAAAAUAUUUAAGGAUACAAAAAGGACUAUAAAUAAUAACAAUGUUAUUUUAUCGAAUGAUUGAAAAAGCAUCUUUUGUAGAAUUAUGGAGUUUUAUAGCGCUUGUAAUCAUUUGUGGACUCUUAUAUUAUUUUUCUAAUUAUUUGAAAUCAGUGAUUUUAGCAUUACAAUUACCCGGACCAGAUGCAACUCCUGUUAUUGGCAAUUCUACAGAAAUUUUAGAAGAUGACUUAUUACGUCGAAGAAUGGGACCUGCGUAUACAGUUUUUGGUGGUUUAAUACGUUUAUGGCUUUCUAUAAUACCAUUUUUUGCAGUAUUAGAACCACAUGAUUUACAAACAAUUUUAUCAUCAAAAAAACAUUCAAAUAAAAAUUUUUUAUAUGGAUUAUUGCAUAAUUUUCUUGGUAAUGGUUUAAUUACAAAUAGUGGAAUGAAAUGGGAAACUCAUCGAAAAUUAAUACAACCAUCAUUUCAUAUUACAAUUCUUGAAAGAUAUUUAGGUACAUUUGCUGAUGCAUCACAAUUAUUCUUAGAUAAAUUAAAUAAAAGUUCAUCAGAACUUAAUAUUGCAUCAUUUGUUAAUCAAUGUAUUAUGGAUAUUUUGAAUGAAGCUGUAUUGGGUGUACCCGUAAUUAAAAAUGAAAAAGAAAUGUUAAUUACUGAAGAUUCACCAUUUAGGUCAGGAAAAUUGGUUGUUCCACAUCGUGUAUCACGUCCAUGGCUUCUACUUAAUGGUUUUUAUAAAUUAACUCAAGCCGCUGCUGAAGAAUUAAAUCAAAAGAAAAGAUUAAAUGAUUUUACACGUAAAAUGAUUCAAACUCGAAAAAAAUUACGAGAAUCUAAUGAAAUAAAAAGAAAGUGUCUUCUCGAUUAUAUGAUUGAAAUAAACGAAACAAAUCCAGAAUUUACUGAAGAUGAUAUUAUUAAUGAAGCAUGUACAUUUAUGUUAGCUGGCCAAGAUUCAGUUGGUGCUUCAACAGCACUUUGUAUUUUUUUAAUAGCACAAAAUCAAUCUGUACAACAGAAAUGCUUUGAAGAAUUAAAUUUAAUUUUUGGUAAUGAUCAACAGCGUCCACCAACAUGGAAUGAUUUAAAGGAAAUGCGUUAUUUAGAGAUGUGUAUUAAGGAAACAUUACGUUUAUAUCCAAGUGUACCAGCAGUUGCUAGAAAAUUGGGUGAAGAUACAAUAAUAUCAAAAUAUAGAAUACCAAGUGGUAGUAAUAUACUUAUAUCACCAUAUGCAACACAUAGAAUACCACAUAUAUAUCCGAAUCCAGAAAAAUUUGAUCCAGAAAGAUUUACACCAGAAAAUUGUGAAAAAAGGCAUCCAUAUGCAUAUAUACCAUUUAUAGCUGGACCAAGAAAAUGUAUUGGUGAUAAAUUUGCAUUUUUGGAAAUUAAAACAAUUAUAUCAAAGAUUUUAAGAAACUAUGAAUUAUUACCAGUACCGGGUAAAACUAUACUUAAACCAGCUUUUAGAAUAACAUUAAGAGCAUCUGGUGGUUUAUGGAUAAAAUUGAAACCUCGAAUGAAUGAAUAUAAUAGGAUCGAAAAUGAAUAAAUAUAAAAAAAUAUUUAUAUAGUUAUAUGUGAUAGAAUAAAUUAUUAAUAAAUUUUAAAUUAAUAUGAAAACAAAUUAUGUAAUA